CACACCCGACCUUGGUUGCUGCAUCCAGAAGGCUGUGUUGGAGAAAAAAGGACAGAGACAAAAACUACUGCAACAUGAGGGACCCGCUGGCAAACUGCUCGUAUAACAAAGUAUACAAGAACCUAAAGGAGUUUUCUCAAAAUGGAGAGAAUUUCUGCAAGCAGGUCACAUCCAUUCUUCAGCAAAGGGCAAACCUGGAGAUUAGCUAUGCCAAAGGUCUCCAGAAACUGGCAAGCAAGCUGAGCAAAGCAUUACAGAACACCAGGAAAAACUGUCUGAGCAGUGCCUGGGCCUGGGCCUCGGAGGGCAUGAAAUCCACAGCGGACCUGCACCAAAAACUUGGCAAAGCAAUCGAGUUGGAAGCAAUAAAACCGACUCAUCAAAUUCUGAGUGUGCAAGAGAAGAAGAGGAAAUCACUUGAUAAUGAUGCUGAAAAAACAGCUAACCUUGUCCUUAGCAACUGGAAUCAGCAAAUUAAGGCCAAGAAGAAAUUAAUGGUGAGUACCAAGAAGCACGAAGCCCUUUUCCAUCUUGUAGAAAGCUCCAAGCAAUCCGUGAGUGAAAAGGAGAAGCGCAAGCUCCUCCAAAAACUGAAAAAAUCAACUGAGAAGUUGCAAAAGGAAGACGAAAAUUACUACCAAAAGAACAUGGCAGGAUAUUCUACCAGACUGAAAUGGGAAAACACACUAGAAAACUGCUACCAGAGCAUCCUGGAGCUGGAGAAGGAAAGAAUCCAACUUUUAUGCAAUAACCUAAAUCAGUACAGCCAACAUAUUUCUAGUUUUGGCCAAACACUGACUGCAUGCCACACACAGAUUCACUGUGCCAUCAGCAAGGUUGAUAUUGAGAAAGACAUCCAGGCUCUAAUGGAAGAAACUGCAACAUCAACAGAACACAAAUCUGAGCUGCUACUGAUUGAUUACUUUGAAGAAGACCCUAACAAUGCAAUGGAUAAAGAGAGACGGAAGUCUUUAAUAAAAUCAAAAUUGUCAAGACUGGAAAGAGAUAUUGAAAAAGCAUCAAGAGACAAAGAAGGCCUGGAACGAAUGCUUAAUGCACACUCCACCAACUCUUCUUUCUCCGAUGCAAAGAGCAAGAAAGACACAGCAGUGUUAAUGGACGAGAACAAUUUGAAACUGGACCUUCUGCAAGCAAACUCCUAUAAACUGUCAUCAGUAUUGGCGGAACUUGAGCAAAGACCUAAACCCAGCCAUCCCUGUAGUAAUUGUAUCUUCAAGUGGAAAGAAAAGGACCAUGUGCAUAGUUACGUAAAACUAUCUCGACCUAUUUUGAUGAAGAGGUUAGAGAAUGCUGUGAGCCAGGAAUCUUCCAGAAAGCAAAACAAUCCAAAUUCCUCAUCUUCAGCCUCAGGUGUGGUCCAACCCGGCAAUGGUCUUUGCAAGGCUUUGUAUUCCUUCCAAGCCCGGCAGGAGGAUGAAUUGAGUCUAGAGAAAGGUGACAUUGUGAUUAUCCAUGAGAAGAAAGAUGAAGGCUGGUGGUUUGGAUCCUUAAAUGAAAAAAAGGGCCAUUUCCCUGCAGCUUACGUGGAGGAGCUACCUUCCAGUGCCAGGAACAUGGCAACACAGAAAUGAAACCAGAUUCGGAAGACACGACCUUCUGCGCUCUAUAAACCAUGAGAUGCAAAUAUGGAUAACAAGCUAUUAUCUUUACAAUUGUGCCUGUUUAAAUGAGUGAUGGAGCUCUGCCUGCCAAUGCCAUAAUAUUUUGCUCUUUGGCUAUUUGCAGUCGGGUAAAACAGGUGGGGAGAGGAAGGCAAGGAAAAGGGUCUGUGGUUUCCAGAGUCUUGAAUUUUGAGAGACCCUGUAGAUAAUCAGUACAAUGCCUGCUGUCACAGAGAAUAAGACCAAGGCCAUGGUUGGCUCAGCCAUUUACCUGAAGUCACAGUUACCUUGUGGUACAACAGUGACUGGGGCUUAGCUGUCCUUUCCCUCUGGAUUUUGGUGGCAGCAGCCUGUAUGUGACCAAGUAGGGCCUGAGGGAUGAAGAAGAACACACAGAAAAUCUGAGAAUGGAGACUGGUGAGCAAAGUGUCAGGGAGACAGCAAAGUGAGGAGAUGCUGGAAUGAAGGACCAGGAGCCACCUGUUUGCCCUCAGGGUGGCAAACAGAGAUCUGGAGCCUGGGCACAGGGCCUCUGAGCAGAAUGGGGCUUUCCCUUAAACCAGGGACCUCCUGAGGCUGUGGCUUUGGAUACACCCUAUUCCCUCCACAAGAACUGCUCUUAGAGGGAGGUGUUACGUGAGCCAGAGGUAUCUGAGUCCCUGAGGAUAACAGCAAAAUAGAUAGACAAAGGUUGGGAGGGAGGCGGUAUGAAUUUGAAAGUUUCAUGUAAUAAU